GGACAGCACCUCACCCCCACUCCUGCUGGCAUAAACUAGCCUCAUUCCACUGAGAGCAGUGCUACCACUAUGCUGACACAUAGCACAGUUUAUCUAGCGCACCUUGGCACAGUUUAUCUAGUGCACCUUGCUGUGCUUCAUUUCCCUGUAGGCCUCCAACCGAGUUACUUGCAAUGAGCAGCCUGGGACUCGGAGCGUGUGUUCUUGCUGGGGUGUCAGAUGCAGCUCUCCUGCCUCAGUGGGGGCUAGCAGGGGAGCAGGUGCCAUACAUGACCCAUUGCUCCAUGGGAACCUAUGAAUAAGACAUCUCUGCAGCUUCGCCAUGGAUGAGAUGCCUGCUUCCAACCAGACUUUCAGCCCCUGGGAGGCCGAGCUUACAGUUACCACUGAUUUAUACUUUGACGCCACAUGGGAGGAUGGCAUCAUUCCCAAGCUGUGUGAGAAGGGGGCCGUGCAAGGCUUUGCUCGCAUCUACCAGCCGGCAGUUUACGUGUUGCUGUCUCUACUGGGUGUGAUGGGAAAUGGCUUGGUGCUGCUCACCCACGCCCGCUACCGCCAGGCACACAGUGUGACUGACGUCUGCCUGCUCCACUUGGCUGUGUCUGACCUACUGCUGCUCCUGACACUGCCCUUUGCUGUGGCUGGCCUGCUGCAGGGCUGGCUUAUGGGCACUGGCUCGUGCCAGGCCCUGCAGGGCCUCUAUGCUCUCAACUUCUACAGCGGCUUCCUCUUCCUGACCUUCAUCAGCAUUGACCGCUAUGUGGCCAUUACCCGGGCACCUCUUGCCUACCGUCUGCGGCCCCGUGCCAAGCGCUAUGGCUGGCUUGCUGCUGGACUGGCCUGGCUGUUCUCCACCUUGCUGGCCCUGCCCCAGUUCGUGUAUAGCCAAACUGAGCUGCACCAGGGCCUGCAGCUCUGCAGGGUGGUCUUCCCUAAGAGCAUCUCCAAAGCAGCCAGGGGAGCCACCAACUUGGCCCAGGUUGUGCUAGGGUUUGUGGUGCCGUUCCUGGUCAUGGCCUCUUGCUACACUGCCAUCGCCCACACCCUGCUGACCACCCGUACCUGCCCGCGAUAUAAAGCCCUGCGGGUAAUCCUGGCUCUGGUGCUUGUCUUUGUGGGUUUGCAGCUGCCCCACAGCCUGAUGGUGCUCCUGGACACGGCUGACUUGCUGGGCCAUCGGGAGAUGAGCUGUGCCCAGAGCCGGAGUAAGGACCUGGCCCUGGUUAUCACCAGCGGCCUGGCUUAUCUCCGCUGCUGCCUCAACCCUGUACUCUACGCCUUUGUGGGUGAGCGCUUCCAGAGGGAGUUGUGGCUCCUGGCUAGUGAUGCUGGCUGUGUGGGCCAGGCACAGGAUGGAUGCCCUGCCUGCUCCAGCAGCAGCCGCAGGGGAUCACUCUCUACCUGCCAGGAGGUGGUAUAGGGGGCAGUGCUCUCAAUGUAGCCCUGCUCUGCAGUGCAGGAGGCCAGACCUAGAGUCCCAUGGCUGGCCUCUCCCUGUCCCUGGCUUAAAUGAAGUGUUAGAGUCGACCCCAGUGAGGGCAGGGCAGAGCUUCGUGUUCAUACAGCAACCUCUUCUGGCCAUUGCAGAGCCAUCAUUCCCAGCUGGACAGGUCUGGGUCUGUGCAGGGCCUGCACAGGCUGGGGGGGGGAAAAGUCUGACCCACCCCUUGCUCCUUCCUCACUAGCCAACAAAUACAGCAAGGGUCUGUUGUGCCUGAAGGCUUGUUUGACAUCUCUCUCUACCAUGCAGCUUAACCAAUAAAAGAUAUCACCAAACCAGCCCUGCUUUCUGCAUGCUCCCUGGACCAUGAUAGCUACAGCAACAUGAUGCACUGCUUCUCUCACCACACACUGUUCUGUGAGCUGCCCCAGGCCAAGGAAGGCACCUGACCAUAUGCUACCAAGCCACAUCUUCAAAUGGCCUUCAUCACAACAAAUGAAGAAGUGGGCCAUAUGUUCUCAGAGCCCAUGUCUCCCUGCCCCUGAUCGUUAUUGCCCCUGUUCCAUCUGGGGCCCUAGUGGUCCCAGAUGGUAGCUGUCAUAUCCAGCUUUGUAGGGCA